CGGAACCGGAGCCGCAACCGGAGCCGCAGCCGCGUUCCGUGCGGGCGCCGCGGCAGGAUGCCACGAUGGAGGGCGGCGGCGGCCCCCUGCUCCCGGACAGCGUCCUCUACGAGAUCUUCCUGUACCUGGAGCACGCGGACGUGCUGGCCGCCGCGCUCGUGUGCCGCCAGUGGCGCGCCGUGGCCCGCGACGACUUCCUCUGGAGGGAGCUUUUCUACCGCUACUACCGCGUGGCCCGCGAGGUGCCGCGGCACCCAGCUGCCGUUUCCUGGUACGACGAGUUCCAGAGGCUCUACGACACCAUCCCCUGCGUGGAAGUGCAGGCUCUGAAGGAGCACAGCGACCAGGUUCUGCACCUCAGCUUCUCCCACUCGGGCUGCCUGUUCGCCUCGUGCUCCAAGGACUGCACUGUCAAGAUCUGGAGCAAUGAGCUGGACAUCUCCCUGCAGCACAGCUCCAAUAUGAGGCCUUACAACUGGAGCUACACACAGUUCUCCCAGUUCAACUCAGAUGACUCCCUCCUCCUGGUAUCCGGUGUCUUUGUGGGACCUCACAACUCCUCAUCAGGAGAGAUUGCUGUAAUCAGUAUGGAGAACUUCACGCUCCUCUCUAGGGUGAGAAACAAACCCUACGAUGUGUUUGGCUGCUGGCUGAAUGAAACCAACUUGAUUUCUGGCAACCUCCACCGCAUCGGGCGUAUAACGUCCUGCUCCGUGCUGUGGCUGAACAACGCUUUCCAGGGUAUAGAGUCUGAGAACGUGAAUGUAGUGAAGAGGCUGUUUAAAAUCCAGAACCUGAAUGCCAGCACCAUCCGGACCGUGAUGGUGGCCGACUGCAGCCGGUACGAUUCGCCCGACCUGCUGCUGGACUACGAGGAGCAGCUGGCAGCGUCUUCCACCUCCCCCUGCCCCAUCUUUGAUCUGGGCAGUGACAGUGAGGAGGGAGAGGCCAAGCCCCAGCAGACUGCAGAGCCAGCAGGACAGGAGCAGCCGGACGACGGGGACGUAGCCGCAGAGGACGGGCUGCAGCAGUUCUUCGACGAUAUCAUGGAGGGCCGCGUGAGGGCUGCCAUGACUGAGAGCGAGCUGGAGACGCGGGUGGCUGAGCUGUUCAUACGCAACAGAACUAAACCGCCCGAGCCCAACCUGCUCCCCACGGACAGCAGUAGCAAGAUAAAAUACUUGAUCUUCACCACAGGAUGCCUCACCUAUUCUCCMCAUCAGAUAGGGAUUAAAAGGAUCCUGCCUCACCAGAUGACGACGGCUGGGCCGGUGCUCGGGGAGGAGAGGCGCUCGGACGAGUUCUUCGACUCCUUAGAUCACGUCAUUGACAUCCACGGGCACAUCAUCGGCAUGGGCCUCUCCCCUGACCACAGGUACCUGUACGUGAACAGCCGGGCCUGGCCUCGGGACUGCGUSAUCUCGGACCCGAUGCAGCCCCCUCCCAUUGCCGAGGAGAUCGAUCUGCACGUGUUCGACCUGAAGACAAUGAAGGAGGUGAAGAGAGCCCUUCGUGCACAUCGGGCCUACACCCCCAACGAGGAGUGUUUCUUCAUCUUCCUGGAUGUCAGCAGGGAUUUCGUAGCCAGCGGYGCGGAGGAUCGUCACGGCUACAUCUGGGACCGGCACUACAACAUCUGCCUGGCCAAGCUGCAGCACGACAACGUGGUCAACUCGGUUGCGUUCAGCCCAGUUGAGCAGGAGCUGCUGCUGACGGCCAGCGACGACGCRACCAUCAAGGUGUGGCGCUCUCCUCGCACCGUGCGCAUCCAGCAGGCCGGCAAGCCCAGGCCCAGGAAACUGCUCUUCUCUUGGCUCCUGAACCAGAAAAGUUGAACCCAGGUGCACUUGCUCCUGCAGCUUCCUCACUCCAGCCACUUCCUCUGGAGCUAGCAGAGCUUUGAGCCCUGCGCAGCGGAGACAGGCUCUGGGCACGUGGAUCCCAUCGGCCAGGUCGGGAGGGGAGCCCGAGAGGGAAUCGCUUCCUCCUCGGAGCAUCUGCUUGAAGGACAGCACGUAUGAGUCGAGGGCCUGUUCCUGGCUCUAACUGCACCGAGCCUGAGCUGGCCGCUGCAGGGCAGCCUCCCCACAGCUUCUCACAAAUGCUGCAGCUUGGUCCCAGCCGGCUCCAGGUGAGCGUUGGUGUCUGACAACAGAGYGAGGCCGGGGCUCCAGCCUGCGUGCAGUGCGAGCCUGGGCCACGGCUGGCCUUGCUGAGAGCUCCUGGCUGCAGAGCACUUGGCAAAAGCAGGGGUGCAGUGCUGCCCUGCCUUCCUGCAGGACUUGCUCUGAUUUUUUUUU